AUGCUUUUCAACUGGUCCUCUGAGAACCUGUGCAUCAUCUUCCGCAGCUGGCGUAUCACCGGCCCUGUCUCCUUCUUCUUCUCCCUUGUGGCUAUUGUCAUUCUUACUGCGGGCUACGAGGGUAUACGAUCAAUGACUCGGAAGUACGAAACUGCACAUGCGCAGCGGCUGAGUGCCUUCGUGGGCUCUGCGGCCAAUACAGGUGACAAUGAGAUCGCCAACCCUAUCAUUGCCACCGGCCUGGCGGACGCUAUCCAUCACACUCACAACGAAAGCUCACCACUGCUUGUAGGAAGGGAUAACAGAGCAGCGCUGGCGCGCAAGGGAAAGGUGACCAUGGCGGCAUUUUAUGCCAUACAGGUCUUUUAUAGCUUCUUCAUCAUGUGCGUGGUUCUCUUCAACCUCAUUGAAGCACCCAAGGUUAUUGACUUUUUGUUUUAG